UGGACUCGCGUAGUUUUCGUAUCAUCUGCUAUUUAUUAAAUUAAUUGGCUGUCAUGCUUUCACGUAAUAUAAGUAGAUUUUUGCGGCAAUCAUGUGUUCGUGUGAUCUCAAAUUGCCGCAAUUUUGCUUCUGCGAAUAUUGAGACAGAUCCAACUGAAAGAGAUCCAGCGUCAUUCUUCUUUGACAAAGAGGUUCAAUCAUGCUUGAGAACAUUAACAACAAUAGAUUACAAAAAAGUUUUUCGAGCACGUAAAGACGGACAUAUACGCAAAUCACCGAAAUAUAAAUUCAUGACAGAUGAACAACUUCAAGAAGCUAUAAAUGAAACACAACGUAAAGCAGAAGAGUAUCUGCAAAUGCCACCAGUAGUGAAACAGAGAUCAAACCCAACUGGGUUGAUAUGUGAGGAUCCUGGAUUACAAAAUUACAAUACUUCUAAAUUUGUUUUUACUGAUAUUACAUAUAAUCUCAGAGAUAGAGAAAGGUUUGUUGUCGUCAGAGAACCAGAUGGUACACUGAGACAUGCCACUUGGGAAGAACGCGAUAGAAUUGUACCAAUCUACUUUCCAUCUCCGGGAAAAGAAAUACAAAAGCCAAGGAUGUUUGAAGACGAAUAUUUACAGAACUUAUUAGAUCGCAAGGAAUACGAGUUUAUACUCGAUCGCGCGUGUGUACAAUUCGAUCCGGAUAACCCGGAUUAUCAAAGGGUAACGCGGGAAGUCUACGAGCGCAUAAACUUGGAAAAACAUUUUGACGUCUUAAGGUCUACGCGUCACUUUGGUCCGAUGGUGUUUCAUUUAGUGUGGACGAGUAACAUUGAUAAUCUAUUGUGCGAGAUGAUUGAGAACAGUCGAAUUAAAGACGCCAUACUAUUGAUACGCCUAUAUCAUAAGAUUCAUCCUACAAGCGAUUCAGCGGUCGAGCGGUGCAGUGCAGACUCGGAUGACACUGAAUUCAUCCUGCAUUAUGCCCGUCUGGAUUCUCCCAAGAGACAUACAAUCGAGAAGCUCGUACAUUCGUACAAAGAAUUACGACGGGAGCAUCGAAUCGUGGAGGAAGGCAUCAAAAAAGCGCAUGGUAUUCCAUCGAGUACCAAUGAAAUGUAAAUAUAAAUCAAUAAAUAGCUGUACGCGUGUAAUUGACAA